AUGUCACGAAGAAUAAAUCCACCGCGAAGGGUGAGGCGCAAGCUUCACCAUGAUUAUUAUUCUGGAGCUGAUGUGGAAUCUACAAUCACGGCCAGUAGUACCACAGAUGACGGUAUUACAGUCAGAGAACCCUCAAGAUCUGAGCCUGUGAGCGAACGCCCACUCAAGUUCAUAGUCGCGCUUGACUUUGGAACUACAAACACUUCCGUAUCUUAUAUCAAGUUCAACCCAGAAAAUCCUCCGGAUACCGUACACGGCGCUAAUAUCAGGUCCAUACGCUCAUGGCCGGAUUCCGCGUCAGAUCAGAAUGACACGAAUGAUUAUAAUGCCAAUGUACCAAGCGAGAGCUGGUACCGAGAAGGGGAAUACAUCUGGGGCUAUUCUGUGCAGCGACGAAUGAGGAAGCUAAGCAGUUCAGAGUUCAAGUCCUGUCAAGACGUGAUCAAGUUUUCGAAACUGCUUCUCAAUGACCAAGGACAUUCCCUGAAUAAGUUGAGGAAGCAGUUACGCAGGUUAAACAAAUCUGUACAUGACGUUAUCAGGGACUAUCUUAUCCAGGUCUUUGCUCAUACCAAGAAAGAAUUGAUAGAGCAGGAGAAUUUCAGCGACGCCUGCGCCGUCGAACUUGUGAUCUGUAUCCCCGCUGGCUGGUCAUUCGCUGCUCAAAGAGAUAUGCAAAUGAUUAUGUGGGACGUCGCUGAAAGAGUGGAUUUUGGAAAGAAAGAUUUCGAGCCCUUCAUCAUUCACGAACCUGAGGCUGCUGCUGCACACUUGCUGGAAAAUAUGGACCCGUCCGAUGCCCUCAUGGGAAAGAACAUCGCGCCUCGGGAAGGGGAAGUAUUCAUCAUUUGUGAUGCUGGCGGAGGUACUGUGGAUGCUAUUACGUACCGGGUGACACAAGUCAACCCAUACAGAUUCGAAGAAGUAGUUAAGCCUGCAGGCCGCGCCUGUGGUUCAACCCUAAUAAACGACAAAAUGUUCCAAGAAGCAGCAGAGCGAUUGAGAGGUAACCCAUUUCUCGAGGCGACGAAUGUUUCGAAGGAAUAUCUCAUCCAGCAAUACAUAUCAAGGACAUUCGAAUCCGACAUCAAAAAAGGGUUCACUUACGAGCAGUACAUUGGGAAACAACAGGACAAGAUUCACAUCCCAAUCGUGGGUCUUCGCCGAGAUGAUGAAAAGGAUAUUGGAGAGAACUCUUUUUAUAUUACAAGUGAACGAAUGGCCCUACACUUUAAGAAAAGUAUUGAGGGAACGGUUGAAUUGCUGAAGCAACAAAAAGAGAAUGCAGAAGUUGUGGACGACGUUGCGAAAAUAAUUCUUGCUGGAGGUUUUUCCUCGUCCGAUGCCUUGCAGAAGCGAAUUCAAGAAGAGUUUACAGGCGUGGAUAUCAUAACGCCUAAGAAAAGAGAUACGGCUACCAUCGUCUCCCAUGGCGCCGUAUUUCGUGCUCUGAACAAGGAGGCUGGACCACAACGCAAAAUCAUGGCUAGCUGGGGCGUGCUUCAGGACGAGAGUUACAUUCCCGGUCGAUACAAAGCCCACGACCUCUCCGAGUAUAUCACGACUGGCACGCUGGAUUCCGAGCCGUAUGCCACUAAUGUUAUCCAAUGGCUGAUUAAGAGGAACAAAAAGUUGGGAAAGCAAGUUUCAUUCAAAACAACUUUAUCACAGCACUUUGAUAUUGGCGAGGAUUGGGAGGUUCGGCAGAAGCUCUAUGCAUCCUUAGAGUUUGUUAGAGAUCAUUACCACUUCGAACACCCAUUUAAUGCUCGUAAGUGGGAGAAAGAGAAAUUGAAUCUGCCUAAUUCAAAAAUAUUUCUUCCCAUACUGACACAUUUCACUCUUCGUUCAGAUGCCGAAGUUGCUGGUGUUGUUGUCGCGAACUUGAAUUCCUACAGGGACAGCGGAACGAUUCAACCCAAGAUAUCCAUAGCCGACAAGGAGUACUAUUCAGUGGAAUAUGAGAUCGUGUUGGAGGUUGAUGGGCGAAACAUGAAGGCGAAAUUGUACUAUCCCCCUGGUCAGAUCUACUAUAAGCUAGAUUGCAAAGAAAAAAGCAAAAUGUGUAACACCAAGUUACACCAGUUUCUCCAGCAUCUACCAAAAUGCGAACACCACGUCCAUCUCGAGGGAUGUCUCACGCCAGAACUAAUGUUCACUCUGGCAGCUCGCAACGGAGUCUGUCUGCCAAACACAGAGCAGAGACCAGAAUUCACAUCCCCAGAGACUUUAUAUGAAAGAUAUGAACACUUCACUUCCCUCGACGACUUCCUCAGUUACUACUUUAUCGGCAUGUCCGUGCUUCAGCAGCAGAGUGACUUUGAGGCUCUGGCGUGGGAAUAUUUCCAAAUGGCGCAUGCGGAUGGCGUUCAUCAUGCGGAAGUAUUUUUUGAUCCGCAAGAACAUAUUAAUCGAGGUGUGCCCUUUGAGACCGUUGUGUCUGGGUUUGUUGCGGGUUGUCAACGAGCGGAACAGGAGUACGGAAUGACGGCGAAACUUAUCAUGUGUUUCGUGAAGCAUUUACCCGCGAGUGAUGCACAAAAGGUAUUUGAUCUAGCGGUUGAAGGGGGUCAUUUCGAGUCCGGCGCAAUCCACGGUAUCGGUGCUUCAUCGUCUGAAGUUGGCCCUCCCAAGGAUAUGUUCAAGGAGAUCUAUCAGACGGCCCACUCAAAGGGGAUCCGAAGAACUGCCCAUGCCGGCGAAGAAGGAGACCCGACUUACAUCGAAGCUGCUCUUGAGGCCUACAAAUCGCAACGCAUCGACCACGGUGUCAGGCUGAUCGAUAGUCCCCGAUUAAUGGAGCAAGUUGCCCGAGACGAGAUCUUGCUCACAGUUUGUCCCGUGUCAAACGUCAAAUUACGAGGUGUCGACCAUAUAAGCAAAGUUCCGAUUCGGGCUUUCUUAGAUGCCGGCGUCAAGUUCUCGAUUAACAGUGAUGAUCCGGCGUAUUUUGGGGGCUUCAUCUUGCAUAAUUACUGUAGCGUUCAGGAAGCGUUUGAUUUGAGUAUUGAGGAGUGGAGGACGAUUGCAGAGAAUAGUAUCCAUGGCAGCUGGGUUGAUCAUGAGAGGAAGUUGGAGUUGCUACAAAAGGUGGAUGAUCAUAUACGGGCACAUCACGCAACCACACGUAUAGCACUGAACUCAAUCCGGCACCCUCACCAGCUCCCUGUCCACAAGACUUUACUUGCAAAAAUGUCAGCAUCAACAACAAGUGCCAUUCCAGAUCGCUACAAGCUAAUCUUCUUCGUGCCCCAUGACCACGUCGAACCCUGCAAAGAAGCAAUCUUUUCCACUGGUGCAGGCUCUUUUCCAGGCGGAAAAUACACCAAAGUCUGCUUCCAGACUCCAGGAACUGGACAAUUCUUACCUGGGGACGGCGCGAUGCCAAACAUUGGCGCGGUGGGGGUCUUGGAGCAUGUUGAGGAGAUGAAAGUUGAGGUUCUGUGUUUGGGGAGAGAGACGAUGCUUAAUGCUGUGAAGGCUCUGGUCAAGGCACACCCCUAUGAGGAGGUUGCGUAUGAGGUUUAUAAGCUGGAGGAUGUUUGA